GAACCCAGGACCUCUGACUCCCAAGCCCAUUAGGCCACACCGCUUCUCUAGAACACUUCACCUCUAGCAAGCUGCAUCGCCUAGGCUCAAGAGACCGCGCGAGCCUCCCUGUCGAUGCUAUCCCAUCUUUUCGGCCUCGGUUAUUCCCGCUUUAGUAGACCGGGGGUAUUUCUGGAGCGCUUACCGUGUGUAGAGCACCGCACUAAACGCUUGGGAGAGACACGUUCCGGCCAACAGCCCUGCCCAACCCCAAGUGGAUUCUCUCCUCGUCGAACAUUCCGGGAAAGGAAUCGAGAACUGAACGAUCUAGGGAUGGGAGCCGUAACCACGGUGAGGAAACAUUCGUUCACUUGAAUCCAGGCCACCGGACGAUCGACUGUCGUGGACGCCUCCAGCGGAGCUGUUUGACCCAGAUUGUUCCUCUCCUCGCCCCCCAACCUCCCCUUUUCCGCUCCUCACCCGCCUCACCUUCCCGUCGGCGCGGGAUGAAGAGUCGAGACCAGAAAAUGACGUUUGGAAGCGUGAUCGUUAUCAGAAGAGAUGGAACGGAUGGGACCUGUUACCCUUUAACGACUACGACGUGCUGGUUUGGCCGGAAAACCGACUGCGAUAUCCGUAUCCAGCUCCCUCAGUGCUCUAAGGAGCACUGCAGCAUUGACAUUAACCAGGACAGAGAGGCCGUCCUGACCAACUUCAGUACUGUCAAUCCCACCCUUCUGAAUGGAGUUCAAGUGGUCAAAAAAGUCACCCUGAAGCAUGGAGAUGUGCUGACGAUUAUCGACCGUUCUUUCAGGUUUGAAUAUCCCUCGGGAGAUCAUCGUCGUGGAAGAGCGACGAGAUGUCCAGAAACCAAAACCGUGAAGGAGAUCAGAUCCAGACGCUCCGGUGAUCCUGAUAAAACCAGGGACCCGAAAACCCCGGACGCGGGCGAGCCCCAGCCGCGAGUCGGCGAUGGGAAGGAGGAGACUCCGGGGCGAGAACUCGGCCCCAUCGACAACCGGCGGCUGCCCGGCGAGCCCGCGCGGGGCAGCGGCGAGAAGGAAGCCGGCUCCCAGUUCGGCAGGCUCCGCGUUUCCCUCAAGCAGGAGAUCGGAGCCACGCCGAGGCGGCGCGGCUCCGGGGACGCCGGAGGGACGGGCUACGGCGCUCCCGCCCCGGCCUCCGCCGAGGGCCCGGCCGGCCCCCGCGGCCGGGCCAAGGAGAACCGGGCCACCCCCCGCCGGACCGGCCCCCCGGCUUCCCCGAAGGUCGGGGGGACCCCGUCCCGGAGGCGGUCGUCCGCUUCGAAAGAGAACGAGCCGGACGCGCUCUCCCCCCCGGAGCGGGAGGGGAGCCGGGCCGCCCCCGAGAUCGUCGGCAUCCUGAAGCGCAAGAGCGAAGCGCAGAGCAUCGAGCAGCCCCCGGACCCGUCCGGGAGAGGGUCCGUGGAGCACCGGGCCAAGAGGUCGCCGGACCGGCACGCGGCGUGCACCCCGAAAUCCCAGCUGCCCCGCGGCCCGCGGGCCGACACCCCCCGGGCGGCCCCCGGCCGGGCCUCGGGAGAGAGGGGAGGAUCCGCCGCCGAGGGGGAGGAUCCGCCGGCGAGCGGGAGGCUCGCCCCCGCCGACGUCCGGAAGGCGGCCCGGCCCGGAGAGGGGGAGGCCGCGGCCCGGGAGUCGGGAGACCCGACGCGCCCGAGCGGGGCCGAAGACGCCGACGGCCGGGAGGGGGGACCGCGCCCGGGGGCCCCGGCGUCCGAAGAGGUCGGCGCCCGCGACCCUCCGGGGACUCCCCCGGCCGCCCGAGGAGCCCGGAGCCCGGCCGGCGGGUCGCGGGGGAGCUCCUCCGGGGAGCCCGGCUCGCCCCGGGCCGCCCGCCGGCCUGCGGGAACCGGUCGGGAAGACUCAUUUUCCCCGAACUUCAAAAUCAGGACCACGGAUUCGUUACCGCUGCCUUCGAAGAGGAAGAGGGUCUCUUUCGGACGGAAGCUGGCGCCCGAGUUGUUCGACAAGAGGUUGCCUCCCAACUCGCCCCUGAGGAGAGGGGCCACGCCGAUUCGGCUGAACGCGCCCGUUCGGCUGAACACGCCCGUGGGCGUCUCCGCUCGGGCGCUCAUCAGGAAGUACGGCGUCGAGGCACUCUCUGCGAAGCGUGGGGGUCGGUCUUCCCCCCGGGUGCCCGACGCGUGCUCUCCGACCCCCGGCCCGCGCCGGCCGGACGUCGGGACCCCUCGCGGGUCUCCCUCCGGCCCCAAAUGGCUCAAGUCCCCGUACCUGCAGCGGGUGGCGGCGGCCCCCCCCCCGGCCCGCCCGAGGACCCCGAAGACCCCGAGGAGCGGCGGCCGCGGCGGAGGGACCCGCCCGAGGACCCCGAGGAGCGGCGUCGGCGGCGGAGGGUCCCGGGCGGGCACGCCCCGAUCCAGCCAGAGGAGGAGCUGGAGGCUGCUUGUGCGCAAGGCCACUCUGCUGGGAGGAUUCGGACUCCCGUCGUACGCCGAUAUCGUCAAAAUGGGCUUGAAACAGGGGCAGAAAUUCAUGGUUAAGAGACGCGUCCUGAAGAGAAACGUCCGGAGGAAGCUAAAGGUCACCACGAAGACUCCAGCCAAGGAAGUGGAGAACCCCUUCAGCACGGGGCAUGCCAACUCCCCGUGUACCAUAAAGAUAGGAAGAGCUCAUCUUGGCAAGGAACCCCCGAAACCGGUGGAGGCAAGUGAAGAGUCGAGAGUUCCAAAACCCGAGGCGGACCAAUUGAAAACGGAUUUAGUGCAACCGCGAACAGAGGCUGUUGAAAACGGUCAGCUUGGGACCAGAAGAAUCAAGGACCAGAGAAAAAGUCUAAAGGUGCUGGGAAGACAAAGGAGGAGUAAAGCGUCUGCGGACUCCCCGUAUAGAGCGUGCUCAGGAAAGCCGCGCCGAGUAAACGACCCGAGGACACUGCUGGAGAAGACUGAUGAGGCCGAAGGAACGGUGGCUUCAUCCCCUUCCGGGAUCCUGGAGAAGUCGGAAGAUUUGCCGAAUGAUAAUAGCCAGAGGAAGAAGUCAAAGAAAACGGCGUCUUCCGUAGGGAGCAAACUGGGGGCGAAGUCCGAACGGGCUCCCCCGAAAAAGUUAGAGCCCGCGGAAGCGUUAUCGGCCGUCAAGAGGCUCGUGAGGACUCCGAAGGUAAAGGCAGCUCCCGUGGAAGACUUAACCGGCAUCCAGAGGCUCAUGAGAACUCCCAAGCGGAAGAAGGGCCCCUCUCAGGAGCUCGUGGAAGAUCUCACGGGACUCAAGAGACUUAUGAAAACCCCCAAGGAGAAGACCUACCCCGUGGAAGACUUCGUGGGUGUCAAGAGACUUAUGAAAACCCCCAAGGAGAAGACCGAACCCGUGGAAGACUUCGUGAGCGUCAAGAGACUUAUGAGAACCCCCAAGGAGAAGUCCGAGUCCGUGGAAGACUUGGUGGGCAUCCAGAGGCUUAUGAGAACCCCCAAAGAGAAAGCCAAGCCCGUGGAAGACCUCGUGGGGGUCAAGCGACUCAUGAGAACCCCCAAGGAGAAGUCCGAGCCCGUGGAAGACCACGUGGGGGUCAAGCGACUCAUGAGAACCCCCAAGGAGAAGUCCGAGCCCGUGGAAGACCUCGUGGGGGUCAAGCGACUCAUGAGAACCCCCAAGGAGAAGUCGGAGCCCGUGGAAGACCUCGUGGGGGUCAAGCGACUCAUGAGAACCCCCAAGGAGAAGUCGGAGCCCGUGGAAGACCUCGUGGGGGUCAAGCGACUCAUGAGAACCCCCAAGGAGAAGUCGGAGCCCGUGGAAGACCUCGUGGGGGUCAAGCGACUCAUGAGAACCCCCAAGGAGAAGUCCGAGCCCGUGGAAGACCUCGUGGGGGUCAAGCGAAUCAUGAGAACCCCCAGGGAGAAGUCCGAGCCCGUGGAAGACCUCGUGGGGGUCAAGCGAAUCAUGAGAACCCCCAGGGAGAAGUCCGAGCCCGUGGAAGACCUCGUGGGGGUCAAGCGAAUCAUGAGAACCCCCAGGGAGAAGUCCGAGCCCGUGGAAGACCUCGUGGGGAUCAGUCGACUCAUGAGAACCCCCAGGCAAAAAGCCGAGCCCGUGGAAGACUUUGAGGGUCUCAGGCAACUUAUGAGAACCCCCAAGGAGAAGGCGGAGCCCGUGGAAGACUUUGCGGGUGUCAAGCAACUUUUGAAAACCCCUGAGCCCGUGGGAGAGACUACGGAAGACCUUGGCGGGCUUAGUGGAACCCCCAAGGCAAAGGAGGACCAACCUGCGGAGCAGCAAGAGUCAGAGGAGCGUAUGGAUGAUCUCGAAAGCCUUGAUGGACCCCGCGAGGGAAAGGCGGAGCCCGGGGAAGGCCUCCCGGGACUCGAGAGGCCUCCGAGGAUGCCCGCCAAUGAAACGGAAUCGCGUCAGCCCUCAGCUCUACCCGACAGCCAGCCGGAGAAACCCACCCCUGGAAAGCCAGCGCUUCAGGACGGGAGAAACGCCAAGCCAAGGGGCCGGUCGGGAGAGAAUUCGUCCACGGCUCACUCGCCGCAAGUAACGGAAGAUGCGGGGAUGCAGGAAGAUUCAACUAAGAAGUCUAUCAAGAAAAAGCGUGCACCCAGAGCCAAUAUUUCCGUAAGUGAAGAGAUUCACCCCGAAGAAAGCCUGGACAGAACUCUCCGGGGCCGCGCCUCCUCGAGAUCGAAAAGCCGAAGCGAAACCGAAGAAGAACGUCGCCUUCGUAGUUCGUCGGGAGAAUCGGGCCCCGGGACGCACAGCCCCACCUCCUCGGAGACGGAGAGCGCUGGCGACGACGCUUCCGCAGCCAGAUUGGGACGAAGGAGGAAGGGUUCCGAGAUGCGGGAAGACGGCGGUUCCUCGGAGCUCCCGGCUCAGACAGGCGCCCAAAGUGAGGAAUUCGCGGAGACCUCCCUCGUGACCGGGACCGAGGGGCACGACCCGAAGCUCCAAAGGAACGCGGAGCGCAGGGAGUCGGGGAAGCAGCUCAUCUCCAUCGACUUCGUCCCGGAGAGGGCGGAAAUCCUCUUCAACCAGGAGUCUUCUGUAGUAGAAGCAAGUAGCCUGCGGGGGAGGGUUCAGUUUCAACUGGAAGAACCCGGCCCUCUUCCAAGGGGACGGCCCGCUAACUCCGAAGAGGUCGACGGGCGCGGCGUCUCUCCGGGCAGCCGGCGGGGACGUCUCUCCGCUGAGGGGAAGGCCGGGCCUUGCUUCCCGUCUCUCACGGCAAAGCCGAGCUCACGGAAGAGCAACGGCGGGAGGGAGGAAAUCCUCCCGGAGAAAUUGGACGCAUCCAACGGCGCCGCCUCGCCUCCCGAGGGGAUUUCAAGGAGCUACGGGACCGAGCGAGGCCCGGCUGAUGCCCGGGAGGAAAUUUCCGGUUGCCCCACGCAUACCGGGGGCAGAAUGAAGUCCAGGCUCUUAGAGAAGAGGGGCGAGGAAACGGCCACCGCGGAGACCGUCACCCGUAAGCCUUUGGAGACCAGAGCGAGGGCUUCCAGAGCUGGCAGAGAGGAGCCCGGGGCUCUGGAGAGUGUCCCCGGCAAAUCCGACCCGCCCAGCUUAAUUUCCCACUGGGCCAUGGGGGACGCCCAGCAGCUCAACCGAGAGAGCGCCAAGCCUUCACCCGGCCCCCGAGCCCGGCCGCCCUCGGGGUCCCCGGGCCGGGCAGCGUCCGCGGCCGGGGCGGGAGCGGAAGCGGUCCCUCGGGGCGGAAGGCGGCCCUCGACGGCCGGAGCGGAGAAGGGGACGGGCGCCCCGGUCCGGAUCGCGCCUCACCCUCCCGCCACGCCUCCGUCGCCGGAGAGGCCGGCGUCUCGGCUGAGAAGAUUUGGGAGGAAGGGAGCGGGCGUGACCGGCGAGAACGGGCCGGCCGCAGCGAGGGCGGUCGAGGCCCCAGCCGCCCGGACGGUUGCGGCCCCCUCGCGGCCCACCGGGUCCAGACGGCUGAGGGGUAAAGAGCCCGUCUCCGGCGAGUCCUCUGCUCAAGAAGAUUACUCCGGCUUCUUCGAGAGCAGCAGCAGCAGCAGCGAGCUGCCUUCCAGCUGGGAAACCACCGAGGGCUCUGGGGACGCCCUCCCGACGGCCUCUCGCCCCCCCAAGGGCCCGGCCCCGUCGCGGGUGACCAGGUCCAGGAGGCUGAGGGGAAAGGAGCCCGAGUCCAGCGAGACCUCUCCUCCUGAAGAGUACUCCAGCUCCUUCGAGGGCAGCAGCGAGCUGCCUUCCAGCCGGGAAAGCAGCCGGGAAACCACCGAGGACUCUGGGAACGCCCUUCCGACGGCCCCCCGCCCUCCCUCUGGCCCGGCCCCGUCACGGACCACCAGGUCCAGAAGGCUGAGGGGAAAGGAGCCCGACUCCAGCGAGACCUCUCCUCCCGAAGAAAACUCCAGCUUCUUCGGGACCGACGGCGAGCGGCCUUCUAGCCGGGAAACCGUCACGGGCUCGGGGGACGUACCCGCGGCGGGGCCGGCCCCCUCACGGACCACCAGGUCCAGGAGGGUGCUGACGAGAGCGGCCGAGGUUACCGUCGGCCCUCGCGCUCGAAGAAAGCCGGGAGGAUCUUCCCAAGGGGACCCGGGGAAGGAUCCCGCGCCCGAGAAAACGGAGGCCUCGGGGACCGAGGCGGAGAUGGCGGCUCCCCCCACCGCCCUGCCCAAGCUGUCGGGCUCUGAGAGAGCCGUCCGGAAGACCGCCCGCUCGGCCGCUGAGCCCCUUCCUCGGGCGGGAAAUCGGGAGCAGGGAGGAAACGCCAGAGCGGCGGGCGCCAAGGCUCCUGGACAGGAACACCUGCCCCUGGUGGCCCCCGCGCGCCUGACGAGGGCGAGGCUGAAGGCGGAAACCCCGGACCCCCACCUCGAGGGUGAGGACCCCAAGAAGAAGCCGGCCCUGGCCCAGGGCACUAGCUCCUCGGCCUCCCUGACCCGCAGGUCCGCUCCGGCACGCAAGCGCUGCUUGCGGGGGACUGAAGACGUCACCAAAAAGUCCAAAACAGCAGGAGGCGAGGACGGGGCCGUCCGGCGAAGAGGGAGGAACAAAAAGGAGAGUCUGGACGACGACCCGGUCCCCAGAAUGAGAACGAGACAGACCAGGGGAAAAUCCAAUUAAUGAUGCCGAGCGGCGGACGUCCGAAGCGUCUCUCAGAGCUUCGUCUUGUUUGGGUUUUUUUUUAAUCGAAAUUUUUAGAAAUGUGAAUUUGUACAUAGUUCGACCGGUGGUUGAUUUGUGGAGAGGUUCAUCUUCUGAUAUUUCAUCACACGGAAUGGUUCUUCCACUCAGCCUGAAGAGCUGCUUUCUGUGCUUUUCUGGGCCGUGGGAGACUUUGCCCAACCAAAGCUUGGGAGAAAACGUGGCUUUUCCUUUUCCUGCAGGGAUAUAAUUCAAAGAAACUAGCUACUGAACGUCUUAUUUUUCAUGAAACCUUUUUAAAGAAUAUAUAUGUAUAGAGCAAUCUUUUUUUUAAAAAAAAAAAAAUACAGAUUUUUUUUCAGCUUUAUUAGGAGAGGUUGUUGAUUUUCAUAGGCUAUCUAUGCAAACUUUUAAACUCUUUUGUAAAGUAGUCGAGUUGUUUUUUGAAGAUAAUAAAUUGUAUUAAUUGUU